GUCAUUGAGUGCAUGUACAUAUUUUUUCAAUAUUUUUUAACUUCGUUGUAUGUAAAAGACUCAGUCAUCUUGAUGUAAUACUUCGCAGACCUCUUUUGAAUUAUCCCCAGUAUUAAUUUUUCGGUAUGCGUAACUUUAUGAGAAGCGUUAACCUAAACAAUAUGAACAUUAAAGAUUGGACGCACUGUCCCAAUUGAGAUUAUUUUUAUGGGCACAAGUUGUUUACCUGGAAGUACAUAAUCAGAAUUCUAACGAAGGACAAAUCUGAACGUAAAACGUCAGUACAUGGUAAAUAAUUAAUUCCACAAUUGAAAAUGAAAAUUACCAACUUACAAAGAAAUUUUCUUUAAUGGAUUUUGGAGGAAAAAGAAAACCAUGAAACGCAAACCUAAGUUCAUUUGAGGAGAGAUCUAUUCGUGUCUGCAAUAUUUGCAAUUCAUGUAAUUGGAAAAAGAAGAACAUAAGGAAUUCACAAUGGCAGUCCUAUUUUUACCAUGUAGAAGAUCGAGGAAGGAUUUUUCGGAUUGGUGUUAUAUCGUGGUUCUGCUAAGUAUGGCAAUGGUACUUCUCAUUAUAUUAACCAUUACGUAUCGUUCCAUCACUUUUGGAAAUAGUCAACAAAAUACAUUUUACGCUGCUAUAACAUUGAACGAUAUCGAGUCGUUACCCACGGAAGUACUUCGUCCAGAUUUGCCACUUGCAGAUGCAACUAAUUUAUCUUGUACACAUUUCAAUUGUUUUAAUGUGUAUCAUUGUGGAAGUCGAGGAAAUAAGUUGUUGGUGUAUGUAUAUCCGUUGAAAACCUAUGUUGACGAAACCGGUAAACCUAUAACGGGGCAGAUGUCAAAGGAAUUUUACCUUAUAUUAGAGGCAGUUGUCAACAGUGAAUUUUAUACUCCAAAUCCACAUGAAGCUUGCGUCUUCGUUCCGUCGAUCGAUACCCUUAAUCGGAAUCGACUGAGAGAAGAAGAUAUAUCACGAGCUUUAAAGAAAUUAGAAUUCUGGAAUAAGGGGAAGAAUCAUUUACUGUUUAAUAUGAUUCCGGGCUUUGCUCCCAAUUACAACUCCUUUCUUAAUGUACCUAUAGGAGAAGCGAUGCUAGCUGGUGCUGGAUUAUCUUCCAUGGUAUAUCGAACGGGCUUUGAUAUCAGUUUACCGGUGUACAGUACGUUGCUAAUGGAAACAAAUUUGAAUAGCUUUGAAAAACGGAAAUGGCUCUUGAUAUCUUCUCAAAUCAAUACGAAGUCUACAUUCGAGCACGACUUGUUCGAACUUCAAACUUUAUUCCCAAACGAGAUCGCGGUACUCUGUCCUUGUUUGCAUCAUAAUCCCAUAAAUUACAGCAUUCGAUGCAUCGGAGAAGACGUGUACAAGUAUCCAGAUGUAUUGCAUCAAGGGAGCUUUUGCUUAAUACUGGGUGGUGCACGUCUUGGUCAAAGCCUACUUCUAGAAUCGCUGGCAACGGGUUGCAUACCCGUUAUAAUUGCUGACUCGUUAAUAAUGCCGUUUCACGAUGUCAUCGAGUGGACGAAAGCUGCAGUGUUUAUUCCUGAAGUGGAUAUUCUCUCGGUGGUAACGGUGUUAAAGAAAAUAUCUCCAAAACGAGUAACGGAGUUCCGUGAACAGGGUACUUGGCUGUACGAGCGGUAUUUUAAAACUAUUGAGAAGAUUACUUUGACCACCCUUGAGAUUCUUGCGGACAGAGUCUUCCCACAUCUUGCCAGAGAUUACAUUUAUUGGAACGAACUGAACAGAGUUGGCCACAUGUCACCAAUUUUUGUACCCGUGACAGCACCAAAAACCCGUGGAUUCACUGCAGUAAUCCUUACGUACGAUCGAAUUGAGCUGCUGUUCCUUUUGAUCAAUAAAAUCGUGAAAGUUCCAAGCUUAUCUAAAGUGCUCGUUAUUUGGAACAAUCAGCAUAAAGAUCCACCGCAUCCGUCCAGUUGGCCAAAAGUGAUGAAGCCACUAAAGGUCAUUCAAACGAAAGAGAAUAAGUUGUCCAAUCGUUUCUACCCAUACAGUGAAAUCGAGACCGAAGCAAUUUUGUCCAUUGAUGAUGACAUUAUCAUGUUGACCGUAGAUGAAGUGGAAUUUGCAUACGAGGUUUGGAGAGAGUUUCCAGAUCGAAUCGUAGGAUUUCCAUCGCGCACCCACGCGUGGGACAAUGUAUCUAAUUGUUGGAAGUACGAGAGCGAAUGGACCAAUCGAAUUUCUAUGGUGUUAACGGGUGCGGCGUUUCAUCACAAAUACUGGAGCUAUAUGUAUACCACUGCUUUACCAGGAGACAUCAAAAAUUGGGUCGAUGAGCACAUGAAUUGCGAGGACAUUGCGAUGAAUUUUCUAGUCGCCAAUUUGUCUGGGAAAGCUCCGAUAAAAGUGACUCCAAAGAAAAAAUUUCGCUGCCCAGAAUGUACGAAUACGGAAAUGUUAUCCGCAGAUUUAACACACAUGAUAGAACGAACACAGUGCAUAAAUCGAUUCUCUGCUAUAUACGGCUCAAUGCCCUUGCAGUCUGUCGAAUUUCGAGCCGAUCCUGUUCUUUUCAAAGAUGUCUUUCCCGAAAAGUUAAAGCGUUUUAACGAUAUUGGGAGUUUGUAAUGUCUACUCCUUUAUGUUGACUGUAUUCCUUAGAAAGCAAUACUUAUACAAUGGGAAACUGUUGAUUGAAAUACAGUUAUGAAAUUCCAUGAAAUAUUUCUUACUAGAUGAUGAAUGUUUUUAAAUAUAUUUUGUAUAAUAUUAUUAUAGGUUUCCAUAGGUUCCUAUACCAUCUUCCAUAUUCUAGAUUGCUAUACAAGGGCCACGCCUAACAGUUGAAGUUAUUUAUCCACGAAAGUCAGUGAUUUGGGAAGGUAUAAUACGUCAUGUAGUGUACGUGGUUUCUACGUAUUUACUACAAUGUGUAAUACGUCUCUAGUUUUCUACGCGAGUACUAAGUACAUUACGCUCUUCUAUUUCUUAAUAAAAAAUAACAGAACCAAUUAGAAAUUUGAUAUUAAAUAGUAUUAAGUCGAAAGAAUUUUGAGCGCAAGAGCCAAAUUAAUUAUUCCUUAAAAAGUGUUAUUUAUUUACAUGUGCACUAAAAGACGUCAUGCUCUGCGGCAUCUGCCAUAUUGGAAACGUAACAUUCUAAACAAUUUUGAACGCGUGUUAAAUUAAUUUAUUAUUCCUUAAAAAUAUUGACGUUAAAUUUGUUAUGGACUUCGGGAAUGACCCGCGUCCAUUGUCGCCAAGGGGUGUUAGGUCGGGGAUCGUAGAUUGUUCAUACUCUAAUGUACCAACGGCGCCAUCUGUGACGCUUAACUGUAAUACAAAUUUUGCAAUCGUU